ACAGAAGGUUUGAGAAGCACUGUUCCAUCAGUCUGAGACACAACGUGUAAACAGACCAAAAGGAUUGCAAAUGACUUCAAAUGGGCAAUUAAAUGUGUGCGAUUUCCAUCUCUUCCAUCUUUAAAGCAAAUUGUAUCACUUUGGAGCUGAGGCCUUGAUAUACACGCAAAGAUGGAUAAAUUGCGUAUGAUGUUCCAGUUCCUUCAGUCCAACCAGGAAUCCUUUAUGAAUGGCAUCUGUGGUAUCAUGGCCCUAGCCAGUGCACAAAUGUACUCUGCCUUUGAGUUCAGCUGCCCGUGUAUUCCGGAGUACAACUACAGCUAUGGGAUCGGGCUUCUGAUCAUCCCACCUCUUUGGUUUUUCUUAUUAGGAUUUGUAUUGAACAAUAAUGUGUCUGUGCUAGCAGAAGAAUGGAGACGACCUACAGGAGAGAGAACGAAAGACCCGUCAAUCCUUCGUUACAUGUUCUGUUCAAUCGCACAGAGAUCUCUGAUAGCGCCCGUCGUUUGGGUAUCAGUGACUCUCAUGGAUGGCAAGAGCUUCCUCUGUGCUUUCAGCAUCAAUUUGGAUAUUGAAAAGUUUGGGAAUUUUAGUUUCAUCAAGGGGAUGUCCGAGGCAGAGAGGAUAAAACUGCUGGCAAAGAUUCCAUGUAAAGACUUGUUUGAGUAUCAGGAAGUGAGAGUAGCGGCAUCCCGAUACAUCAAGUGCAUAUCACAGGCUUGCGGCUGGAUGUUUUUACUCACGAUGACCUUCACGGCAUUCCUCAUUCGUGCUAUUCGACCUUGCUUUACUCAGGCUGCUUUCCUCAAAACCAAAUACUGGUCUCAUUAUAUCGACAUUGAGCGUAAGAUGUUUGAUGAGACCUGUAAAGAGCAUGCCAAGAGCUUUGCCAAGGUAUGCAUCUAUCAGUACUUUGAAAAUAUUAGUGGAGAGAUGCGCAACUUGCAUCAUCACUCCAGCAAGAAUGACAGCGACGAUGAAGAUGAUGAUAAGAGAAGGAACGAGGAAGACAAGCUCUUGGGUAUAAGGGUCCAGGAUGACAUGAAUAAAGCUUUGUGCAACUGGCAUACUUGCAAACCAGCUCUUGCACUGAGAAAAGAGCAAGUACAUGGCCAAAACAAUGACAUACUGCAUCAAGAAGGCAGUGGAGCAGCAAAUGGCUUUGCAAAUGGACACACCCAUAAUGUGGAAAAAAAGGAAUGGGCGGUGUAUUACAGUAAAGUCUGACCUCAAAGGGACAAAGGACUACAUGUUUGAAAUGCCUUUGGUUUCCAGAGAGUAUCAGAAUUAAGUUCAUAUGUAGUGACUUCAUUUGCAGGAUGUUAACAGACUUGUGUAAUAUUUUGUUCAUACUUAAUGCAAGCCAAUGGAAAAGCAAUGUACACAGUCUGUGUGUGUGUGUGUGUGUGUGCGCGUGUGCGUGCGUGUGUGUGCGUGUAAAAAUGAAACUUGCUUAUUGUGUACAAUGACAUGCAUGUGGAGCAUAGCACAUUAAAAAUGACAAACAUAUUGUUAAAUAAAUA